AUGGGCUUUCUAAGUCCGAGAGCAGCGGCCGCUGGCAGCUUUGGCUGUCCUAUACCUGACCACCUUGAACAAAUUGGCGGCGGCCCCUUCGUGGGAAAUCUCACAUUCUACCAAUUUAACAUGAUCAUAUCCGGCGGUUGCACUGCGAUAGUAUUAAUUUUGAUCUUGGGCCUGAUGGGACGACAUGCGAUGCGCAUGAGCAACCCUAACGAACAAGUCAAGAUAAUGCGAAUCUGCAACCUCAUCCCCUCCUACCAAAUCCUAUCCUUCGUCUCAAUCUGUUUUCCAAACUCCUAUAUCUACCUACAAGGGUUCACCGAGGUGCUCCAGGGUGUGGCUCUAUACGCCUUCCUCAUGCUACUCUGCGACUUCAUGGCUCCCAAUAAUAGGAGCAAAGUGGAUUUCUUUUCUUCGCUUGAGACGAAGAGACAGUGGCAGCCGAAGAAGAAAAGGAAUGGUCUUGCGUUCUUGAGUUUGACAUGGUACUCCGUGCUUCAGUACCCAGUCAUCACCUGGAUUACCGCUGUCUCCCAAGUGGUGACCCAGUCACUACACGUUUACUGCCUCGACAGUACAGCGCCUCAUUUCGCUCAUGUUUGGCUUCAAGUGAUCACCUCGCUGUCGACAUCAGUGGCCGUCAACGCCAUCCUUCAAUUCUACAUCAACAUGAAGGAAUACAUGACAGAGCAUAGGCCACUGCUUAAGCUGAUGGCAUUCAAGUUGAUCGUCGGAGUAAUUCUUUUGGAGAAGAUCCUUUUCCUCAUCCUUACAGGAACAAAAGUUCUCAAACCCUCCGCCUCAAUGACCUACAUCGACGUAAUGAUGGGCCUCCCAACAAUGGUAAUCUGCGUGCAGAUGGUGCCACUCUCCUUCCUAGUCCUCUACGCCUACCGCACAAAACCCUACGAGAUCUCAAACUCGGCGCGCACCCUCCGACCCCAAGAAUACCAGGUCGUCGAGUCCAAUGGCGACGAGGAGACCUUGAUGAGCGGCUUCCAGAAACGCUACCAAGGUGGUCACUGGGGAUUGCAUGCCUGGGCUGUCUAUUUAAAUCCGCUGGAGCUGUUCCGGGAUGUCAAGUCGGCUUAUGUUAUGAUUCAUAGUGCGCGGGCUGUGCAGAAGGCUCAUGCGAAGGAGCAGGUGCAGGAGAUGGCGAGAUAUGAGACGAGGCAUGAUAGUGGCGAGGGGGCAUAA